AGCCGACCAACAUGUUGGAUGUCAGAGCCAUUCUGUGGUUGGAGAACUACCUGCAGACGUGGCAGUCGACCAUCUUGGUCGUCUCUCAUGACAGGAACUUCCUUAACGCCGUGGUAACGGACAUCAUCCACCUGCACUCCCAGAGGCUGGACAGUUACCGUGGCGACUAUGAAAACUUUAUUAAAACCAAAGAAGACAGACUGAAGAACCAGCAGAGAGAGUACGAAGCCCAGCUACAGUACAGACAACAUAUACAGGUACUACUACUGCAGUACAACGUAUACAGUUUAUCUUUACUCAUCAGGAACCUGAAGAUCGGUUACUUCAGUCAGCAUCAUGUGGACCAGCUGGACCUGAACGUCUGCUCUGUGGAGCUGCUGCUCAACCGCUUCCCUGGUCGGACGGAGGAGGAGUACCGCCACCAGCUGGGAGGUUACGGAAUCACCGGAGAGCUCGCCACGAGGCCGGUGGCCAGUCUGUCUGGAGGGCAGAAAAGCCGAGUGGCCUUCGCACAGAUGACCAUGCCAUGUCCAAACUUCUACAUCCUGGACGAGCCGACGAACCACCUGGACAUGGAGACCAUCGAGGCUCUGGCUAAAGCUCUCAACAAGUUCAGAGUGAGUCGGUGACAUCAUCAGAUGUCUAAUUGGU